AGUAUGAUUUACACUAGUUUCCCAAAUUAGUAACUUCAUCCAAAACCAUGUGAAAUCCAAAUACUCGGAGAUGCCAAAAAGCCAUAGACAGACAAUAUAUAUAUGUCAGUUUCUAUUUACACGACUUUCCUUCUCCAUCAUUACGACUUUGGAAAGACUGCCUUAACCCCCACCCUCCACCUCAACCCCCAAAGGAUAGACAAAGACCAAACCUUGAAAAAUACCGGUCAGAAUUGGGAUCUUGGGAGUUGGGUAGCUCACAUAGUGUUUUGGGAGUUGUGGGAAAGAAUCUUUAUGUAUAUAUAUUUAUUUCUUUAUAAACUUAUGUGAAAACAGUCUCUUACAAUAAAUAUGGGAUAUAACUGCUUUUAAAAUAAAUUUUGUGAUUCGACUUUUUUUGUUUUUUCAGUACUUAUAGGGAGUUUUGGUACAGCUGCUUUAUAAUAAACUCUUGUGUUCAGUCUUUUUUUUAUUUUUGUGCAUAGUGAGUUUUAGUGCAACAAACUGUGCUUUUUCAUUCUUUAAAAACUCUACACAAAUAGUACUGAAGCUUCCGCAUUUGUUGUACUGCUGCAUUGUUCCUUGCUUCACUUUCUUGGUUUAACUUUACUGCUAUCGUUUUGCUACUCUACACAAAUAGUACUGAAGCUUCCGCAUUUGUUGUACUGCUGCAUUGUUCCUUGCUUCACUUUCUUGGUUUAACUUUACUGCUAUCGUUUUGCUUACCAUUUGUUCGAAGAAAUGCCUGAACGAUGGCUUUUCUCAUUUCGACACGAACCCAGUUUGCAAAACCUCAUUCUUUGAAUUUCCUUUCUACCCCUCGUGAUUUUUUUGGCCUAAAUUCAAGAAGAAGACUUCAUUUUUGGAGAAAGAAUUCUGACGUUUUUGGUAAAGAAAUGUGUUCUUUGAAGUUUCUUGAACCAACAAAGGGUAAAGAAAUUUGUUCUUUGAAGUUUCUUGAGCUAAGAAAGGGUAAAGAGGAGAAUUUUGUACGUUGUUGUUGUGGAGAAGGGUCGGAAAGUGAAGGUGAUAUGAUUUUAGAGGCGGAAAUUUUAGCGUUCAUGGAGAAAUCUGAGAGCCCAAAUGCAUUUCCAACAAGGAAAGAUUUGGAAAAUGCGGGUAGGGUUGAUUUGAUUGAGGCUAUUAAGAAGAAGGGUGGGUGGUAUUCGUUUGGUUGGGAGUCGGAAGAGGAACCCCACAUUGAGGCUGAGGAAAUGGAUGUUGAUAUGGAGGAGUUAAGAAGAAGAGUUGAGAAAUAUCAAGAAAGUGAUUCUUUAAGAGGAAAUGCAGGUUCUCGUUCUGAUUUUUCGUUUGGGAAUGAAGAUUCUCAGCCAGCUUCCUCUUCUGGUAGAUCAAUAGAAGCUGCAGUUGAGGAAGAAAGAGUGAUUGAAGGGAUUGACGGGAUAUUGAACCGAUUAGAGAAAGAGAGGAUCUCAUCUCUUCGUAUUAAUACGAGCAAAUAUGGAUAUGGAGCUAAUCGUUCAAGUAGGGAUAACAUUGAUAACAGAAGCUCUGGAACCACUACUACAGACAGGACUGACCUGGGAAAAAAUGGAACCCUCACGACAUGCAGCCCCAAGAAAGGCGGUUUAAGUGAUUCAGGAGGGCAGCUUAACCACAAAUACACACCAGAUAUGUGGAGAGCCUGGAGCACCCAACGUGCAUGCCCUGAGGGCACAGAGUUUGAAGCUGGAGAGAUAGAUUUUUAUGAGAGACCAAAUGGAGGUAAAACUGAAACUUCAAGAGAUGAUGUAUUUACCAGCAAAGGGAAUAGCUAUGAAGCUCCGGAAAGAAGGAUAUAUGACAACCAUAAUGAUAUACAAACUCGUAUUCAGCAUUUAGAGCUUGAGCUAUCCUCAACACUUCAGUCCCUAGGAUCCAAGAGCCAAGAGUUCAGUUCAAAGGAGGUUCUUGGCAGAUCCCCUAGUGAUUUGCAGAAGCUUUCUGAUGCACGGGAGUUCCAGGAGAAUGAUAUCAUAAAUGUUCAGAGGAGAUUACGUUCCAUACGUGCUAAACUUGCAAUACUUGAGGGGAAAAUGGCGUUAGCAUUGAAUGAUGUGGAGAAGUUGUUGGCAAUGAAGCAGAAGAGGAUUGAUGGUGCUAGCAAAACUUUACAGUUUCUUCGUACUACUCAGAUUUUUUGGCAUAACCCUGCCUCAAUGGUUCUUCUAACUGGCUCGUUUGAUGGAUGGACAACUCAGAGGAAGAUGGAGAAAUUGCAGACUGGUGUUUUUUCUAUAAGCCUUAAGUUGUAUCCAGGCAGCUAUGAGGUGUGUGCAACCCUUGUAAUGUAAUAUCAAAUUCAUAGUUGAUGGCAAAUGGAAGGUUGAUCCUUUGAGGCCCAUUGUUCACAGUGAUGGACAUGAAAAUAAUCUUCUCAUUGUCACGUAACAGCAAGUGGCAGAAAAGUUACUCUAGGAACUGAAAGAUUAUUAACUGAUCCUAUGUGGUAAAGAAUAUUGACUUUGUAUUGUUGUAGUUGUAGAGUAAGUUGUAACUGCUCCAUACAGUUCUACAUCGCUCCAAAAAAAUGAUUGAUCAUGUAAUAGUAGGUUCUAUAGUAGAAUUCUGUAGUUUCAUUCUCCCAUUCUUUGACAUAACUGGUAUAAAAUCUGAUUCUCCCAUUCUUUGACACUACUGGUAUAGAAUCUGAUUCCUGGAGA